UUCACACUUUUGUGCUGUUUAUCUGCUUUCCUUUGUAAACCACCUUAAAGGACACAAACUACAAAAUUGUACCAUGAAUACUGCUUGGUUUUAACCAACGUUGCAAAACUGUGGCCUGCAUUGAAGGUGGAAUUAAUAGUCCUCCCAGGAUAAUUUGUCCACAUGCCCCUUCUGUCAUGCCACUCUGCAUUUAGUUUUGAUAAUAGAGAAUGGGUGAAAAAGGCCUGCCUUAUCAAGAAGGGGUGACAUCUGCCAUUCAAAACUAAGCACCAAAAUUGUUUUCUUUCAACUAGUAGAAUAUCCAUGUAGUCACAAAAAUACUGAAAGAAAAAGAACUCUUAUUAUUAACAUCCCUUGAAAAACCUGAAGAAUGCUGUUUUUUAGGGUGAAUUCUCCUAGAGUUCCUGAAUUGAAAAUUUUAAAGUAGUAGACAGGUUGUAUUUGUUUCCAGUGUUUGGUACCUGUCUCUUCCUGUUGACUCAGAGGCUUUCUGUUGCUUCUGUUUGAGCAGGUCUCUGAAUGAGAUGAUCUCAGUUCACUGAGGCUGUGAUUCAGCAGUCUGUCUUAAUCAGGAAAUUGUUUAAGCAUGGGGGACUUCUGCACAGGCUUAAAGUUAAAUAUGUGCUGGGGGAUACUGUAAUGUUUCUAUUCUGUAAUAGCUAUCUUUGUCUGUUCUGUGCAGCAUUGAAAUUUCUCUACAGUAUCACCUGUGCUGUACGUGAAAAGAAAAGGAGGACUUGUGGCACCUUAGAGACUAACAAAUUUAUUUGAGCAUAAGCUUUCGUGAGCUACAGCUCACUUCAUCGGAUGCAUUCAGUGGAAAAUACAGUGGGGAGAUUUAUAUACACAGAGAACAUUCUUUCAGCAGUGAAAUUUCAUCUCUUCUAUGAAAACAUGUAUCAUGUUGUUACAACAAUGGGCCAUCUACCGAAUGGCCUUUCUGCUGGGGAUUCUGGAUGCACACUGCUGGAGAGAGGGGGAAAGACCCGAUGUAACUUUCAAGAUUUGGGACUAAAUACUAGAGAAACUAUGGCACAUGUGAAAGACUGUAAAACAGGCUUCAGUGGAAUUCCAGUGAAAGUGGUCACAAACCUAUAUAGCUUAGGUUUGCCCAGGGAAUGGCAGCUUUACCAAUACCAUGUAACAUUUAAUCCAGAGUUGGAAUCAAGGCGCCUGCGCCUUGCUUUGCUUUACGGUCAUACUGAACUUCUUGGAAGAGCCAAAGUAUUUGAUGGAGCUAUCCUUUUUCUUUCUCAAAAGCUGGAAAAUCAGGUUACAGAAUUAUCGAGUAUAACGAAAAGAGGUGAGACUGUAAAUAUUACCAUUACACUAACAAAUCAGCUAGCAUCAAGUUCCCCUGUGUGCAUUCAGUUUUUCAAUAUCAUCUUCAAAAAGGUUUGGAAAAAGCUGUCCAUGUACCAAGUUGGACGGAACUUCUACAGUCCUUCAGAUCCAGUGGAAAUUCCCCAGCACAAGCUGACUCUUUGGCCAGGAUUUGCUGUUUCCAUUACACAGUUCGAGAACAGAGUGAUGUUAAGUGCUGAUGUGAGCCAUAAAGUCCUUCGCAGUGAGACUGUUCUGGAAUUCAUGACAAGUCUGUAUACCAGGAUUGACAGAGUGUGCUUCAUACAAACAUGUGAAAAGGAGCUGCUAGGACUUAUUGUGCUUACAAGAUAUAACAAUAAAACCUACCGUAUUGAUGAUAUUGACUGGUGCGUGAAGCCAACGGACACAUUUCCAAAACGUGAUGGCACUGAAAUCUCUUACGUUGAUUAUUAUAAGCAGCAGUAUGAUAUAGUCCUGACUGACCUAAAUCAGCCUGUGCUGGUUAGCCGAUUGAAAAGUAAGCAGAAUAGCACUGUUGAACCCCGUGUUGUCCACCUGAUCCCUGAGCUGUGCUAUCUAACAGGUUUGACCAGCCGGGCAAUUUCUGACUUCCGUCUGAUGAAGGAUCUGGCUCAAGAAAUGCAUCUGAAUCCUGAGCAAAGACAGCAAAGGCUGUCUCGGCUUGCUGACAACAUUCAGAGAAUCAAAGAGGCUCGUUUAGAGUUAGAGAUGUGGGGGCUGCAGCUUGGGUGCCAAGUUUCCCUGACAGGCCGUGUUGUCCCAACUGAAAAAAUCCUAAUGCAGGAGCAGACCUGUCUGCCAAUGAGUGCUGGUGACUGGUCAAAGGAUAUGCGUAAUAUGAAGAUAAUUGGAGUGCAGCCUCUGGACAACUGGUUAAUGUUGUGCAGUAACAGAAAUGGAGAACUAGCUGAGAACCUUCUGAAUUGUCUGAAAAGAGUGGGAGGUCCCAUGGGAUUUUACAUUGAAUAUCCCAAAAUAGUACAAGUACAAGAAAGCCCAAUGACAUUCCUGCGAGCAGUGCAACAGCAUGUAAAUCCUGAAGUACAGCUGGUAAUGUGUGUACUGUCUUCCAAUCAGAAGGUCUGUUAUGAUUCUAUUAAAAAGUUCCUGAGCCUUGACCGACCUGUACCAAGCCAAUGUGUACUAGCACGCACUCUGAACAAGCAGGGCAUGAUGAUGAGUGUUGCCACGAAAAUCGCAAUGCAGAUUAUCUGUAAACUCGGAGGGGAGCUAUGGGCAGUAGAGAUCCCUCUAAAAUCACUCAUGGUGAUAGGUAUUGAUGUCAAUAAAGAUGCCCUUAACAAGGGAAGCUCAAUAGUUGGAUUUGUGGCUAGCACUAAUUCAAAAAUUACAAGGUGGUUCUCUCGCUGCGUCCUUCGGAAUACAGGGACUGAUAUCGCAGAUUGUUUAAAAGUCUGCAUGAAAGGAGCCAUCAGCAAGUGGCACAAGUAUAAUUGUGAAUUGCCUGCGCGCAUCAUAGUAUACCGUGAUGGUGUUGCAGAUGGCCAGCUGAAGAUGGUUGUGGAUUAUGAGGUCCCACAACUACUUAGUGUCCUCACAGAAUUAACUACUAAUUACAGUCCCAAAGUGUCAGUGAUUGUGGUCAGGAAGAAAUGCAUUCCUCGAUUCUUUGCAGAGGCAAACAGAAACCUGCAAAACCCACCUGUUGGCACUAUUGUUGACACAGAGGCUACUCGUCCUGAAUGGUAUGACUUUUACCUAAUCAGCCAACUAGCACGUCAGGGAACUGUCAAUCCCACAUACUAUAAUGUUGUGUAUGAUAACAGUGGAUUAAAACCAGAUCACAUGCAGCGCCUCACGUACAAGAUGUGCCACCUGUACUACAACUGGCCAGGUCUAAUCAGAGUGCCAGCACCCUGUCAGUAUGCCCACAAGUUGACCUUCCUGGUGGGUCAGAGCAUUCACAGAGAGCCAAGCCUGGAACUAGCUGACAAGCUUUUCUAUUUGUGAGGAGGAGAAUAAUAAUAAUCUAUCACGAAGACAACUUUAAGAAAUACUAACAUGGCCAAAUCUGGAUAUGGUCUCAUGGCUGCCAGCAUACUGUAGCUCAAACUCAGUCUUGUAUCUGAAAGAAAACAUCUAGUUUUAGACUUAAAGAGAAAUAUCUAUUCUCUGAAUUAAGAGAACAGAGCCUUCUGAGCAGUAUAAGGGAUUAAGGUACUUUACUUCACUUAGCCCCAAUAGGAGACUUGGAGCAUACUCCCUAGUAACAUUUGAAAAUGUAGGGGUAUAUGAUGUUUUAAUAGAAAUGUUGUUGAUAUAGAUACACUGUACACCUGAUUAUUCUGUAAGCAUAUCAUUGCCAUUUAAUUUCCAGAUCGUUUU